GAAAACACGUCAUGUGACUGAACCGGGCGCUUUCAUUGGUUAGCUUCUACUCCUGUUUAUUUCCGGAAGUAAGUUGUUGUUAGCGUCAGACUUCAUAUACCAAACCUCAUACUCACAGCGCCGCAACGACAGGUGUGUCCUCAUCCACAGGAUGGCACACUGGUUUCACAGAAACCCACUGAAGGCAACGGCGCCGGUGUCCUUUAAUUUUUAUGGAGUGGCAGGGAGCCCCGCCGCCAAUAAGAUAUGCAAUGACCUGAGGACAACCAGGGCGAGACUGCUGGAGAUGUUCACUGAUGUCACCUGUAACCCAGAGAUCAUGAAAAAUGCAACAGAUGCAUACUUCUCCCUCUUACAAGGCUUUAUCUUAUCCUUGGAUGGAACCACACAGGAGAACAAGAUGAGGUUCAUCCAGAACUUCAAGUGGACUGACACCUUACAAGGAAACACACCAAGUGCCCAGCAGGAUGCGGUCUUUGAACUGGUCUCCAUGGCUUUCAAUGUAGCCAUCUGGUACACCAAGUUUGCCUCGAGACUGACAGGGAAAGAAAACAUAACAGAAGCUGAAGCGAAAGAUGUUCACCGGAGCCUGAAAGUUGCUGCUGGUAUAUUCAAAAACCUGAAGGACGUCCACAUUCCCCGUCUCAUCACCCCAGCUGAAAAAGGCCGAGACCUGGAGCCCAGAGUCAUUGAUGCAUAUAUCAUCCAGUGCCAAGCAGAGGCGCAAGAAGUGACGAUUGCCAGAGCAAUUGAACUGAAGCACAAUGCCACACUCAUCGCAGCGCUGGCGUUUGAAACGGCAAACUUCUAUCAAAAAGCUGACCACACACUGAACACAUUGGAGCCAGAGUGCAGCAGCAAAUGGAGGAAGUAUCUUCAGCUGAAGCAGCACUUUUACAUGGCUUAUGCAUACUGCUAUCAUGGGCAGACUUUGCUGGGGAGUGACAAGUGUGGUGAGGCUAUAAGAUCUCUGCAAGAGGCGGAAAAGUGCUACUCCCGUGCUGAGGCGCUGUGUAAAGAGUACCGUCAGACCAAAGGCCCGGGCACCACAGCCAAACCGUCGGAGCAGCUGUUCUUCCUCAAACUGGGCGGCCUCAUUAAAAACACACUGGAGAAGUGCCAGAGAGAAAAUGGCUUCAUAUACUUCCAUAAAAUUCCAGCUGAGGCGCCCCAGCUGGAGUUGAAGGCAAGUUAUGGCCUGGCUGAGCCAGUUCCCUUUGAGCUGCCACCUCUCAGUGAGCAGUGCUCCCCUGAAGUCUAUGCCACCUUUGACCUGACCAAGGGAGCCAAAAAUGACAAGGCAAAACCCAAGGAGGAGGAGGUGAAACCAGUGAAGGAGCCAGAUUUGAAGCCUCAGAAGGACACAGGCUGUGUUGUCUCCUAAACUUUCCAUGGAUUCCAUCAUCAGCCUCACGCCUCAGUAACAUUGUAUUGUAAUGAAAAUAGGAAAAAGAUGUUUUGUUUUGUUUGUUUGUUUUUGCAUUAAAACACCACACAUUACCAUGGUGUUUUAUAUUCAUGCUGAAAUGUGUAUUAUAUAUGGGUAUGAGAGGCAUUGUCUUCUCAUCUAAGACAGAGCCUGUCCCAUCUAGCUCACAGCUUCUCAUAAACUAAACCUAAAACAUUAAAGAAAAGCAAACUUUCAGGUUAUUUUUUAGUAAUUAGGUGUCAGCUCAAAGGAUUACUUAAAUCAAAUUUUAACAUGAGGUCAUUGCAAGUAGAAUGGUUAUAAAUAAGCCUUAUGGGUGAAGCAGUUCUAACAAUGGUGCCUUUGGCUGCAAUGUAAACCUGUUCACCGUGACCCCCUGUAUAGAAGAGUCCUUCUUGGAGUACUUUGGCCUAAUUAUACACGACUCCUAUUAAACAUGCUCAAAAAUGGCCUCAGGAGGUGGAUCUAAACAAAAGAUGCAGCAGUUGAAAUUGAAAUGAUGAUAAAAUGACAGUUUUAUACUGGAGAAACUACCAGUGACAGAAAGCACAUUCUUCCGAUCAGCCCCUAUGCGACAGUGCUUGAUCUCAAUGCAUUUCAAGCUGAUAUUUGUUUAGAUUUGUUUGACUUUCUCAUAAAAUGCACUUCUGCUAUUUACCAGAACUGAAACGUAAAUCAACAGUAGACAAACAAAAUGAACAAGACUACGUAUAUUAUUGCUGGUGCAUUUGGUUUGUUUUAGCUGUAGCAGUUUACAAUCAAUAUUUGAUUUCAAUCACAUGUAUUUACUGUAGUUAUUUUUUGUACAUGACAUAGCUGUUUUGCUUUUUACUUCUACAUUGAAGAACACUUUAUUAUUGGAUGAGGCUAAAUCAUUUAACAUGCUUCUGCAUUCUGUGAUUAUAUCCCUGAUAGUGGUAGUUUGUAAUUUAUUUCUAUUCUUAUGACAUGAUAUUUUAGUUGAGAACAUACAACACUUAUAACAGUAUACAGUUCUAUGUAACUCUGAUCAUAUGUUUUUGGUGAUGUUUCAUUUAUAGGAUUCAGUGGAUAAACCACUGAUACUGUUAAAGGCUGACUCUUUUUCAGUUUUUCAGAGAGUGCUGCUGUCAUUAGCUGGCCCAAUGUAUGUACUGUACAUUUUAUGAGUAUUAUCCCCAUCCUUAAAGACAAAGAUCAGGACACGACCAUUUUCAGAUCGCAGGGGUGGCGGGACACGUGAACAUUUGUCUCUGAAAUUGUCUUGUGUGCUGUUGCUUCACAUAAGUUGCUCAUAUUGUCAAAACUCUCCUACUUUCAAAAUAAAUGUUGGUUAAAGCAUAACUAUCGAUUGCCUGAAACUUGUAUAAUAAACUGUAAUAUACUG